AUAGGGCACAACAACAGCGGAGAUGACCCAUCAUGGCUGCUGGAAGAAGUCCACGUUGAUAUCCCCUCACGUAACGAACACUACGUGUUUAGAUGCGGAAAAUGGCUGAAAGUCAAUAACGGAAAAGAUGAAACCGAAACUGUUCUUUAUCCAGAUCCAGAAGAUAAACGUGUCCCAGUCGACGACCGCAUCGAGGGAGUCAUUGAUGAUCAACUAUUACAAGGCGCAAUGAACGAUGAAGAUUUGUUCGGCGAGCCUACAGAGCUGGAUUACAAGAUAGAUAUCACGACCGCUGACCAGUCCAAUGCAGGCACGCACGCUGGCGCUGAUUUCCAGUUGCUUGGUGAACGUGGUGAGACUGACAAGAUCUUCCUUGGUCACAAUGAUGAUGGACAGCACUUCCAGCCUGGACAGACAGACACCUUUAACACACAUGGAAAGGAUGUCGGCAAGCUUCAGUAUUUCCGUAUUGGGAACGAUGGACGCAACGCGUCGCCCGACUGGCUGAUUGACCAGGUUGAGGUUUACGUACCUGAMCGUAACGAGCGUUACGUAUUCAAGAACAAUAAAUGGAUUGAUAACCGUGAUAAUCCAAUCGACAUCCCCUUGCACUCUUUCUCACAUUGUCAAUUAGUUGGUAAAGAACCAACAAUUCCAGAUUUACUGGAAUUCAUGCAGUCUGGUGACAGCACCAAAGCCACCCAUGCAGCCUUCUACUUACAACAUUUAACUUACAAUAACGAAAGCGUCAAGAAUGAAGUCAGGGAACUUAAAGGKAUCCCAAUCAUUGUUGACUGCCUGUAUCAUAGCAACGAGAACGUKCGUUAYGGUGCRGCGUGUGUGCUUCGUAACCUCUCCUACAGCUCAGAGAGUGACGUCAACAAGAUUGCCAUAGCUGAUGGCAGUCGUGAUCAUGGUGGAAUCGAAGCUUUGGUAGAUAUGCUACAGCGAACAAGCAAACAAGAGCAUCGCGCAGCYGCCCUCGUCGUUCUUCGAAACCUGUCUGUACUAGAGAGCCUUCGUCUUAAGAUCCUUCGCCUUUGUCUUCAUAUUCUCGUAAUUGUUAUCAUCAAGAUAUUCUCUGGCUGGGACAAGACGAAAGCACAGCGUGAGCCCGAGAAAUCGAAUGAACAGUGGUCAGAGCUGUUAGAGCAUGCGACACGGAUCGUGCGGAAUGUCUCRUCAGCUGGAAUCGACGCMCGUGAGGCAAUMCGSUUCGAGGAGCAUUUGAUMGACUGUCUGGUUUGGAUCGUUAGAGUGGGAGUAAAAAAUAAGCGAUACGAUGAUAAGUGCGUCGAAAACUCAGUUUGUGUACUACGUAACCUCUCCUAUCGGCUCGAAAGUGAACUGGAUCGAGACAUAUACGACGACGCUGAAGUCCAGCUCGACAAAGCCACUGUCAAAGAACAGCAAUCCCAAGGAUGCUUUGCGGGUUGUGGAGGAAGAAAAAAGAAAAAAUCCAAAAGUAAUAUUCCAAUGGACAAACAAUCACGCAAAGGACCCCCCACGGGACCGGCUUUGCUGUACCAGCCCACCACUGUACGUCAGUAUUUUGUUUUGCUGCGAAGUUCAAAGAAUCCUGAAACACUGGAGGGAUCUGCUGGAGCUAUCCAUAACCUUACCGCGUGUUCCUGGAAGUGGGCUAUCAAGAUUCGUGGAGAUACGAGAAGAGAGCAGGCAAUACCACAUAUUAUUAGUCUACUGAGAACAGACUACGACCCAACUAUACGCGCGUCGGCCAUUGCGCUGAGAAACUUGUCAGUCGACCCUGAGAACAAGAGAAUCAUAGGUGAAAAGGGUACUGGUCCUUUGGUCAAUCGUCUACCACAAGGAGAUGAGAGAAGCCCCAGGCUCGUCAAAGACGCAACUGUGGUUUCUCUACUUUGCGCUUUGUUCCAACUUGGAAAGAAGAGCGAGAAGAAUGCAAGGACGCUCAAGAAGACUACAGGAAUACGUAGAAUGGUAAAAAUAGCGAAGUCCAACAACAAUGAAGCGACGAAGAACAAGUACGAUGAACGCGUCGUUAGAACUGCCAAUCAGACGUUGGCAAGUCUCUGGCCUCAUGAAGUCUUAAAACAACAAAUGAAGUCAGAAGGCUGGGAAUACAACGCUAACAACAAGAGUUUAGAGGUUGAUUUCCCAGAGGAAUUUGACAAAGUCUCCCAACCCCCUACCCCCUCAGGGAGCCUAAACAGACRAAGRGAGGACGACACAGGAUCGUUUUCAAACAAAGAUCCUGAGCUUCAUCGUAUCCAACGGCAACCAGAAUUAUACCAACGGUCACCUAGCAGCGACCAAGGCUAUCGCAAAUAUCCCAGUAAUUCGGGUUCAACCGCUGGACACUCAAGCCGCGCCGGCAGUACCUCCGGAAGUCAGGCUGAUUUUGGCAGUGAGUGGUCUGGACGACAGCGUAGCUGGGGCGAGGCAAUAAAUUCUGUUCCACCUCCACCCUACCAAUCAGAUGAUAAUAGAUCUGGUAAAGACUUUAUAGAGAUGUCCGAUAGAAGUAAACCUCCGAUUGGGAUGAAAAACGAACAGCCGAAGCGAAAUGACUUAGUCCAAGAUAACCCCAAUGACUGGGUCUAGCGACACAGGAAUCCCAGAGGCUGGGUCAAACGACUUCGGAAACCCGAAUGUAAUUUUAACUUUUUUUGAAAUAACUUCAAAUAGACUAAAUGAACAGCGUGUGGAGAGAGGAAUAUCGUUUCCAUAUCAGUUCUUUUCGGUGCGAUAUCAUUUUUUAAGAAUGAAUACUGUAGAGUUUUACAUAGGUAAAUAUCAGAAUCCUGCGUGCCCGAAGCGUUACAAUCAUUUCUGUUCAGAACGAUUGAUAUGCAAGAUUCAUGGCUCCUUUCAGGUGAUUUCAUUUAGACAGAUGUGUGACAUGUAACGCAGUGCCAUGACUAGUUAACUUUACAAAUAAACACACUUAUAAGAUCGGAGAUAAAUAUUUUUGCACUGUUCUUACGUCAUUAUGUUCUUCGCUAAAUAUCAAGAUCACUGCGCAAUAUUCAAGGUAAUAUAAGCACUAUUUAUAGUACUGCCAAAUGGCAAGCCGCUGACAUUUUAAAUACUGCAAAGGCUUGCAUGACGGCAAUUUUUUUCACAUAUUUUAAGCAACUUUUAUAGUAAUUUAACUGAGUGGGGAUCUAUUCUCAAAAAUUUUCCUGAAGUGAAUAUGUGUGGCUUUAGUACAUAUAAUUCCAUUAGCUAAAAUUUCAAUAUACAGUACUGGAACCACGUAUUCAUCACAGGGAAAUCGCCUUUUAUAAUAUGUGCUGUAUUUUUAAUAGAUUUUUAAUUAAGAAUUUUAAUGAACGUCUGACCUUUGUGUACUAAAUCUGUAAUCUUAAUGAGGUCUAGAUUAUUUCACAUUGCUGAAGUACGACUAGCUCUAGAUCGCAGACCUUGGCUUCCUCAAUCCCCUCCUAUCGGGAACGUUUGGGUGUGUGUAAGAAUGGGGUGUACGACAUCCAUUUGGUUUCUUAUAGGAAUGUUAUGUCACCAGCAGUGUGGAAUAUUUUAGCCAUAUCGAACACCAAUUUUCUAUUUUAGGUAAUUGUACAUUUAACAAGCUGAAAAUAUUGUAAUGUUUAUAGUUUUUGUAGGAAAUAAACAAUUAGUUUGAAGCGUA